AUGAAGCUACCACUGGCCCUGCUGGGACUCAGUGCCGUUCAAAAUGCCUGGCACGUCUCUGCUGUUCCACUCAGCACCUGGUCAACCAACUCAGGGGCGUCACCGCAUGCAGUGGACAUGUUCAAUACCGCCAUUGAGUGGAACGACAAGUAUUGGGAUGAUCAAGCCGGCUAUCUGAUCACUUCAACAUCUGGUAGCGGACGAUACGAUACUCGGCAUUCAGCUUGGUAUGCAACUCAAUUACUUGCCAGAAACGCGCCGGGCGAUGUUGCAAAAGCGGUUCGGAUUUUCGACAACGUGAUUGCUGGCCAGUACCUUGAUCCAUCUAAACAAUGGUAUGGUGACUAUCAACAUGCGCCUUCAGAGCCUGAGCCUGGGACACUGAAGUAUCCCGAUGAUGGUCCUUAUAGCUCGUGGGAUCCCAACAUUCGAGACUUUGUGGGCUGUGCUUGGAUUGUUGCUUUAGCCGACUAUGGUCAUCUGCUUCCAGCAGCGACAGUCUCAAAGGUGGAAAAUUCGCUGCAUAUUGCUGCAAAGGGCGAUCUGUACCGCGUUGGAGGGGUCGAUGGAGAUAACUCCUACCCAUGUUAUUCCAACCCCUGGAUCAUGCGAACGAUUCUUCAGAACUGGGUAGGAGCACGGGUCGGAGAUGCGAACCUGACCAAGUCCGGUGAGAAUUUCGCUCAAGAGAUUUACGAUCUCUGGAGUAUGCAUCGGACACUUUCUGAGUUCAAUUCUCCAACCUAUGCGGGCGUGGCCAUGUGGGCAUUGGCUCUGUGGAAUCAAUAUGGAACAAGUGGCAGUCUGUUGCAGAAGUUUGGACCGGAAAUGCUCACUGCCAGCUGGAAUGAGCUGGCACAACUCUACAAUGCGAACUUGAAGAAUCUGGCUGGUCCCUGGGACCGCACUUAUGGUUUUGAUAUGAAACAAUAUGCUUCCCUUGUUGGUGCUGUGAUUUGGGGUGUCGUUGGACGCGAUCAGGCACCGGUUCCUCAGCAGGAACUGGGGAUGUAUCAUCAAGAUGACUUUGCCUUCUAUCCAUUAUUCGCCCUUGCAAUGCCUUCGAUGGUAAAAUAUCUACCCGCGAAGGCGAAAGCAAACCUGCUCAAAUUUCCUGGCGAGCAUUUCUUCACAUCCAAAGCUUACUCGCCUCCAUUUGAUACUUAUCCGCGAAAUAUCACAGCUUGGGUCUCUGAGAAUGUGACCAUCGGUGCUGAGACCGUUGCCGAGACUGUUGUCGGGGGCCCCAGCAUCAACCCUAGUCAGUUCAGCCCUGCCGUCAUCCAAUGGGCAAUGGAUGAUAACCAGAUUGGUUGCAUCGCACACUGGGUUACGGAGUCAUCCAUUGAUGCUGUUGCUGCUCCUGGGAGUCUGAUGAUUUCUUAUCCGAACGCAACAGCUGACAAUGGACCUGUCUCUUUCAAUCUCCUCUUCAGUGGCCUGGAUCUAGCCAAUGGGCUCAAUGUGACAGGUCUGGAAGGUCUUCCCGGCUUGGAUCUCGAGAUCUCAACCAACGCUUUGCCCAACUAUACAAUAACAUACGACACCGAUCAUUCAGUCAACGAAUUCGUCUUCUACAACGUCACGUACACGAUGCCCGAGGCUUUCUCUGGGACGCCUUACAUAUCUCUCCGGGUAGUAUGA